UAUCAAUUAAACUCAGUUUUGCGACACUCUUUGUUGUCAUUGUAAAAGAAAAGAAGGGUCCGCAGGCAAAAGAGACCACUAAGCGGCCAGAACGACGGCCAAGCAAUGACUGCCCGCAAUCCCCAGACGCUGAUGGCACUGCCAAACGAGGAGAACUUUGACUUCUUGUUUAAGAUCGUCCUUAUAGGUGACUGCGGAACGGGGAAGACCUGCAUAGUAGACAGGUUCAAGACAGGGAACUACAUAGAACGCCAUGGGAAUACCAUCGGAGUGGACUUCUCCAUGAAGACUAUCGCCGUGGAGGGCAAGCAAAUCAAACUGCAAAUCUGGGACACAGCCGGUCAGGAAAGGUUUCGCACCAUUACUCAAAGCUAUUAUCGCUCGGCCAACGGGGUCUUAAUUGUUUACGAUAUCACCAAGCGGUCUUCCUUCUCCAACCUGCAAAAAUGGAUCGAGGAGGUGCGGAGAUAUACGGCUUCCAAUGUUUUGAUAAUCCUGGUGGGCAACAAGUGCGAUUUAGAGGAUCAACGCGAAGUGGACUUUGAGGAGGCGCGCCAAAUGUGUCAAUAUAUACCUGAGAUCCUUUUCGUGAUGGAAACUUCCGCCAAAGAGAAUAUGAACGUGGAGGACGCCUUUCGCUGCUUGGCCAACGAACUCAAGCGUCAACACGACGCAAACAAUGUGGAGGAAGUGCCGGAGAACACGAUCACCUUGGGCCAAGGAAAACCCUUGAAAAGCUGCAGCAGCUCUUGCAAUCUCACCUAGACCUUUGACUUUCAGACACCCCGCUUUCUAUUUGUGCUUUUAUUUUUGUGAUCAAAUUGUUCUUGUGGCUAUAUUUUAGUAUGCUAAUGUUUUAACCUAAUCCUAGACACUAACUUUUACACACAACCAUGUAUUUAUUUUAGACGAUAGAGUACAAACAAUCUCACACAUCAGCGAAUCGAGCCAACAAUGUCAAUUACAAGGCAAAAUGCUCAGAGAGAAAAAAUACGUCCACUUCUCUUUUUGUAAUUUGUAUUCAAUUUGAUACGCGACAGUGUCGAAAUAAACUCGUUUAUUUUGUAA